UGAAGUACGUGAUCCUACAUAUCAAUACAGGGUUGACACUGGUAAUUUCCAGGGAAUGAAAAUCUUCUUCCUUGUGGUGGCAACCACAUACAUUCUCUACCUUUUGUUCCUGAUAGUGAGGGCAUGUUCAGAACUUCGUAACAUGCCUUAUGUUGAUCUCAGGUUAAAAUUCUUGACCGCGUUAACCUUUGUAGUGCUUGUCAUUAGCAUUGUUAUACUCUACCUACGCUUUGGAGCACAAGUUCUACAGGACAACUUUGUUGCUGAGCUGUCGACUCAUUAUCAGAAUUCAGCAGAAUUCCUAUCAUUUUAUGGUUUAUUGAACUUUUAUCUCUACACAUUAGCCUUCGUGUAUUCCCCCUCAAAGAAUGCACUAUAUGAAUCACAGUUGAAAGACAAUCCUGCUUUUUCAAUGCUGAAUGAUUCAGAUGAUGAUGUGAUUUAUGGGAGUGACUAUGAAGAAAUGCCACUUCAGAAUGGCCAAGCUAUUAGAGCCAAGUAUAAAGAGGAAUCGGACAGUGAUUGAUUUUGCUGUAGACAGACUUGUUCAGGUGGAAUUACACCAAUCAGGUGGGAUUACACCAAUCCUGAAGUUUUCCUAGAUGUACAACUUCCUUGGCUUUCUUAGUCUGCUGACAUCUCAACACCGACUCCCAGGAAGGACAUCCUGCUUCUGUUUCUGUUUACAAAGUUAAAACUGAAAAAAACCCCAAUGCUUGAAAAGGUUGUGGUGAAAACAUAAGAAACCAAAAUUUUUAUGCAUCUUAUAAAAUGCCUGAUAGAAGGAUGUCUAUGGACUAAAAUCUUGAAACCUAUUUCCAUUUAGAAGUAUCACUGAUUAUAUGCUGAUUUUAAAAUUGCUUCCUUGGUUUUCUGGUGGGUUGUUCUGAGGGUUAUGUCCAGCAUAUUGUCAUUCAUCUGUUGCAUUUGUGUUAGCUCCUUUGUGGAUUGCCCACUGCUGUACCAAGUGCCUCAUUUCCCUUUCAAUUUUCUACCUUAGUCUAUUGAGCUGGAAGCAGGGAAUGAAAUGGUUUAUGGUUUUCUCUCUCUCUUUCCUUUUUUUUUUUUUUAAAUGCAAGAAAAACACAAACUUUCCAUUCUUCAUUCAAAGAAGUGAUACAGACUUAAGAAUAUUUUAAAAUUCAUUUAAGUUUACCAGAUUUGUUAGUGUGAGAUACGUGCAAAUAGUCAAGUUCUAGUGAGCCAAAAUAGCCUCAGUGGUGCAAAAUGAUCUGUAUAAUACAUGUUUCAUAACAUGCUUUACCGCCACAACAGAAGCCUUUGGGUUUGUUUUGCCUUUUUUUUUUUUUUAAACAGCCCUUUUAAAUAGAAAUAUUUAGGCAACAACAAACCUCAGAAGGAAGCCAGUACUCUUCUUUCUGGGCUUUUGUGUGCUGGAGGAGAUUGUUACACUUGCAGAGAAUACAGUGUGAAAGUUUCACAGAGAUUAAUUUAAAAUUUCCAAACAUUUCAUUUUUAGAGGCUUUUUCUACAUCAGAUUUUUUUCUUAAGGUGUAUUAAUAGUUAUUCUACAUCCUAGGAACAGUUGUUCAUGUAUUGAACAUGUGUGAGAGUUGGCUUUUGGGCAUGUUCUAGCCAUGGUUCAACUUCUUUGUCAUAACCACAGGCGCCACUUGUACCCGUCAGAACUUCCAGGACAUUUUAUUAUCUGUGUUCCAGUCUGUGCUGGAGCAGAGUUUUAUGGGAAUUCAGUAUUCCUGGUACAAUGCUGCUGCUUCUCUAUUUAAAAGUUGGGUUUCUCCUGCACCGUUGCUCAGCUCUUUAUUUAAGAGGAUGUUUUGUUUCUAAUUAAUUUUGUUUUCAAGUACUUGACCUGUCUGAAAGUAUCUUUUUUUUUUUUUGUGACUGUGAUUGACUCUUGUACCAUUUCCCUGCCCUGCUGCUGUAGAGAAGACUCUCAAAAGUACUGUUAAUGUCUUAGACAGAAGCUGGUGCUGGCUUACACUAGGGAAUUGUACUCCUCACUGAACUAGUUGAAGCAGAAGAGUGCAAUGAAGUCCUACUUGAUUGAUUUGCUGAAUGGUAUUAGGGAAAAAAUAGAUUUGUUCCGCUUUGAUGCGAGGACUGCUGUGGAGCAUUCCCACUGCAGUAACCUCUCCUGGUGGCUGCUGGAGAUCACGAACGGGAGACUUCACAGGAGAGCAGUUUGUUUAGAGAGGACCAAAGGAACUGCUUCAUGUCAGAAAAUAGUUCAGAUUAAAUGAUUAACUCGGUGCUCUGCUAAAGAUGGGGGUGGUGAGACACUCCGCGUGUGUGAGGGAGAAAACUUCCUAAAAUUAUGUAGAGCUGUGAAAUUUUUGGAGGAUAUUUGAAAUUUAAAACUUUCUGUACUGGGGACCAUUUAUUUGUUAGAAGCCAAAGCACUAUUCUAUGGCUAAACCAAGGAAACUGCUCAGGGGAGGGGAAGGUUUUUUCCUUUAAUUUCUUAAUUAAUUAGUGUCAGUUUAGAACACCAUAUACGAAGACAUUAAAGAAGUAUUUCAGGUUAGUGGUGUGUUGGUUUUUGUUUUUUCCCCCGUGAACUACAGUAAGCUGUACCUUCAGC